GCCGGAACUCUAUUACAAACACAAUGGCGGUUGUCUGUGCUUCCCAAUGUUGAAACAAUGGACUCUGAAAACGAUGAAGAAUGGAUAUUAAGGAGACAGCUGUGGAUCUCAACAGCAACAGAAUGGCUGAAUCUUUUAGUGAUUUUCAGAAGGAUUUUAAGUUGGAUGGCCCAACAUCGCAUACAAUACUUAACACAUCAGGUUUCUCUGUGUAUGAUGUGAACCAGAUACGCAUUCAAAACAAACAGCUGAAGUUGGAUCUGCAGGCAGAACAGGAGACUGUAGCCCAGUUAAGAAAACGUCUGAAUGCCGCAGAAAAACAAAAGCUAGAGGUAACAAGCCAAUGCAACAAAGAGAUUGCCUCCCUAGAAAACCAGCUGGCUAAACAGCGGGCUCUGGUGGAGAAAGGGGAAGCAACUCGGCAUAAUGUAGAGUUUGAGAUGACCAAGGUUCAGCGGGAGCUGUCACAAACAAAACAGCAGUCAUUGCAGAGAGAAUCUGCUCUUCAGGAAGUUCAAGAUGAACUAAAGCACAAAAUCAGUGACCUAAAUGAUGAGAUCAGAGCCUUGCAACAGAAUUUACAGAAAUCUAAAGAAAAUGCAGAAGAUCAGGGAUGCAGACUGCAGGCAGAGAUCAGUGACCGGGACCAAGAAGUUGCUCGGCUCAAGGCUGAGAUGGAUGUUUGCCGAAGUGAAAGAGAUAGAUUGGCUGUGAUGUGUCAACAACAGGAGGCGACCAUUGGGGGUUUUGGAGAAAAAGUUCAUGAAUUUGAAUUGGAGCAUAAGAAUCAGUCUGAUGACCUACAGAGAGCCUUAGCAGAAAUCAGAUUCUUCAAGGAACGCGAGGAAAGACUGAAGAAAGAUCUUGAGAAUACUAUAACAAGAUUAAAAUCUCUGGAGGAAAACAUUGAGGCAGAAAGAGCAGCUCAUCUGGAAAGUAAAUUCAACUCAGAAAUUGUCCAGCUGCGUGUUAGAGACUUGGAGGGAUCUCUGGAAGUGGAGAAAUCAGCCAAUGCUGAGGCUAACAGAGCAGUGGAACGUUUAACAAAACAAAUCAGAGAACUGGAACAAAUAUAUGAUGACGAGCGAAAAAUUAAAAAGGAUAUCAUGAACAAGCAUGACAAGCUAGAAAAGGAGUACUUGAGCACAAGGCGUCAACUAGGUGGUGAGAUAGAAGAGAAGAAGACAGUCAUUGGCAGCUUGUCCAAAGAGCUAGAAGUUCACCAGAAGAACUUCAAUGAGCUCAAGACAGAGCUAGGAAAGGCAAAGAAAAGACAGGCAUUUUUAGAAGACUCUUAUGGUACAGCUUUCAAAGAAUUAGAAUAUCUGCUGCUGAACUUUGAUGUGGAGGACAAGAACAAAAAGACAAAAAUUGUAAUUUCCAAGAAGGAGAGUUCUCAAGAAAAGAAGUCAGUGGCACCAUCUGCUCUUGUGGAAAAGCUGAAGCACACUUUGACCUCCUAUCGCCGUAAGCUGGAUACAACAGCAGAAGAGUUGUCUAAAUCCAGAAAGCUGUGUGAGAAGCUGACCAAGGAGGCUGACACAUUCAGGGAAAUGAUUAAAACCAAAGACAAGUCACUGGAGGAUACACAUAAGAAUUACACGCGGACAGCAAAAGAGCUGAACAAAACACGAGCAAGCUAUAAUGAGUUAGAAGCCAUGGUCAGCAAACUGCGAUCUAGCCUGGAGACUACUAGCACCUCCCACGGCAAGGAUCGUAACAGGAUCCAGGAGUUGUCUGAAGAGAUCAUGAAGUUGGUGAAGAGACAUAAACAGGACAAUGAGGACAAAGUGGCCUGUCUGCAUGGACUGUACCAGCGCCUCACAGCUGCUCGGGUCCUACUGCCCCAACAGGACAAACCACCCAGUUACUUCUCUUGGAAUGACCUUGCAGAAAUGGUGUAUGAACAAGUGGUUUCAUUGGUGGAAUCGCUUCAUCAAGCAGAAGAAAAGACAAAGACCAUGAAUGAAAAUCUGAGAUCACGAGAUGAAGUUGUAACAGAAAUGCAGAAAUCACAUGAAGAGCAACUGUCACGCCUAACCGCGCUGACACGGGAGAGAGAAGCUAGCUGGACCAAGCAAAAGGAGGAGAUGGAGCAACACUACAAGCAGCUGUUGGCUGACCUUCAGUUGAGGACAAAGAAGAGUCAGGCCAUGGCUGACCAAGCCUGGGAGAAGAUGCGUGCAACUGGUGGUGUUCAACAAGGUCUAGAAACAGAAUGCUCUACCCUUCGGCAGCAGUUGUCAGAAGCACAGACACAGUCACGGUCCCUCCUGACAGCAUGUGCCCUGCUGUGUGGAGCUGUGUAUCCUCUUUAUGCUCGGAUGAAUGCAUUGUCAAGUCAGCGCCACCUUUUGGAGGAGCAGAUGGUUCUGUGGGAUAACUGUCGAGACAGGGCCCGCUAUCUUGUAAAUGUACUCACAGCUGAACUCUCGCAGCCUGAGCAUCCAAGGGUUCAUGACAGAAAACUACCUCGCAAGCAUUUGCUUGGCUUCCGAGUUGGAGUUAUCGUCGUUUUAGCUGCCCAUCGUUUAGUUCGUCUCGGCCAACUUUGCUGCCGCUGUUUCGUAGCUUAUGACACAGCAUCUGCUGGUAAUGGAAUUGUUGUGCUAACAGGUGGUGUGAAACUUCCUCAAAUACUUGCUCCAGUGAUCAGAACAGAAGAUGUGUCAAUGCAAGAUUCUACAGAGAGCACCCUUCCUCUGGCUUCAUCUCUCAGAGUACCAGUGGGUCAGGCCCAUCUCCUUGGAUGGCUGACAAGUUCUGCACUGGCAGAAACUGUGACAGUAUGCAUGGCAGACAUUACUGAUGCAGCUCACAGCUCAAAUAGUGGAGGUACACCUAUAGAACAUCGAGCUCUAGUGGCAGCAGCAAGGUCAUCCUUCUCCAAACUAAUGGAUCACUUGGCUCAGUUCUUCCCUAGUGUGAAACUGCAGCCUGUGGCAGCACUGAGGGAUCGGCGGUCUCUGACUGGUCGCUUGACACGCAGUCUUGCUCGUUUGCUGGAAGGCAUGAAUGUGGUGGAGAAAAACUCUUUAGUGUCUUCCCAGGAAUUGAUGGUAGCUCUUCAAAACCACAUUUUAGACUUUAUACAACGCCUACACUCUGUGGAAAUUGAGCGACGACAGCUAUUGACAGAACUGGGCAAUCUGAAGACACAAAUAGCUGGCCUUGGCUCGGCUGCUGAAGCUGCUGACGGCAGUGGAGACAGGCCUAUUAAAUUUGUCGUGAUGGAUAAGUUUGAGAAGGUCUGCAAUGAACUAAAUGAAGCAUUGAAGAGAGAGCAAACAGCCCAGCAGAUUCUUAAUGAACAGAGUAAACAGCUGCAAGAACUCACCCUGCGAUUGGACCUUUGUGACACACAGGGUGUGCAACGACAGCAGACUCUUUCAGAAGCGAUGAUUGGACUCUCAGAAAUGAAAGAUGACUUAAGGAGGAGGGAACAGGAGCUACGGCAGGCUAAGAAGCAGAUUCUGCAGAUGGAGUUUCAGCGUAAAUCCCUCCAGACAAAUCUCCGAGAUGCAGAGGAAGCUCUCCACACAGCUGCAAAGGACAAAGAAAUUCUAGCUCACUACCUUAAGUCGGUAGAGGCAGCACUGGAAGAAGUCAAACAGCAAUUGCUUCAUCCACAGCAAUCUGGCAGUGCUACUAGCGACUCUGCCAUUGUUAUGUCCAAACUCUUGCUGAGCACGGACCUCAUUCCACAAGAUAUUGGCAAGGCUGGACCUGAGCUCAUCGCUUGCCAGAAUCUGGUUGGUGCUUUUGUCGAUGUCCAUCACCAGUCAAUGACACGACUACGAACACUUGAGGAAGAGAGGGUCUCUCUUCAUCAGCAUGUCAACUCCCUCAAGCGUGAACUCAGUGAUGCUGUGCAUCGAGAGUAUAAUCCUGAUUUACCAACUCAUGACAACUAUGACCUAGUGCCUUCCAUAUCUCGGUCAGACAUCAGUUACAAGGACGAGUUCAGACCACUCAGGGAAGAUUCAGAGGCAUCCUUCUCAGCAACUAGCAUGCCAAGCUCACCUGAAAAGUCUUUGUCCAAGUCAGCUUUUAGGACAGUUAACAAGUCUCCAAGGCUUCUGACUCCCAAGACGGCGGCACACAAAUCACGAGCACGUCUGCAAGUCUCAAGUGCAAGAUAGCCUACUCUGGAAAGAUGUUGCCAGAGUUAUCCCACUUAAAGAAUAGUUGAUGCUUGGUUGGCCAUCAGUGCAGUUGAUGAUACACUAUUGAUGCUUGUUCAGCUUUACAAAAGUGUUUGUAGAUUCUUUUUGCUGUUAUGGAUUAAACCACACAGCUUUAAACUGUCCAUGGGGUUGUUGACAGCUCUGUGCCUCCAUUUUACAGUGAUAAAUCAUAAAUCACAAUGUUAUAUUCUAAAAAUCAAAAGCUUGCUUGAAAAGGAGAAAAAGGAAUGGUGAUAAUAUAUAUUAAACUUUGCAUUAAAGGUUUACAGUUUAUUUCUGGUAGAUAAUUGAAACAGAAAUGAAGACAUUUCUUGAAGAAUUUGGAAGCUCUAUUUUGAGAAUGUAAAAUACAGAUAUUGUAAUUAGAUGAGGUAGCAGAUCUAAUGCCAGCAAACUUCAAUAUUACUAGCGGUUGUGAAAGUUCAUGGAUUUGUAAUGGUUUGGCAAAAGAUGGUCCGUUAGGGAAAGGACACACUGUAAAGAAAGAGAAACAGGAAGAGAGAAACAGAUUUUAUUUGUUGGUUAAAUGUGUUCCUGUGAAAUGAGAUUUUACAUUUUAAAAUUGCUAAGGGAAUAUGAAGUGUGUUUAUCAGAAGCUCUGAUGAGGAAAGAACCUGUAAGAUUGUGGGUGAAAAUAGCUUGGGUAGAAAUAGCUGGAGAGCCUGACUGGCUCAGUGCACACACUGUCAUAAACAUGCUUGCAUUGUUAAUGUUUACCUUUUUUUUUUUUUUUUGCCCAGGAUGACAAUUCUGGUACUUGUACUUAGUUCUCCUUGUACCUAAGUGGUAUAUAAGGCAUCCACUAGGGGUCUCCAUUUUAUGUCAACAGCAAAGUUUAUUUAUGUUCCAAGUCAGUUUUGGUUGUUUAGUUCUUUCUGAUUUUGAUCAUUCUGAUAUGUGGUUUCAGGAAAUUUAGUGUCUUACCAUGCUGAUAUGCAGUAAAGACACUGAAUGCCAGAACAAUUUAACCAUGUCUCAUCCUCCUGUUGUCUGUGAUAUGAAACUUAAAAUAAUUUGAUAUUGAUGUUGUUUGUAGCUGAAUUUUAUUUAAAUGUAUAAAUCUUGAGUUUUUAAUAUAAUUCUUGUGUAUCUGUGCAAUUAUACCUCAUUUCAGUUAAACCUGAUUAGUUUCAUCUGUUUGAAGACUUUUACGAGAUCUAUUUGUUAAAAAAAUGUCUUUAGAUGUAGUUUUGCAUGUUAGCCUUACACCAUUUACUCUCUUGAAUGUGAGACUAUUAUGUAAAUGUAAAUGUAAACUAUUUUGUAAACAAAUUUGAAUUGCAAGUGCUGAUGUACCUGUGGCAUAACAUACAAACACAAAGAAAAGCAUGGUAAAUAUUGUUAUUAUUGUUGUGUAUUGAACAUGCACAUCUACAUCUACCUGAUGAUAUCACACACACACACACAGAUGGGAGAGUGAUGACUGAAUAUAAAUCCUUUAUAUAUAUUUACAUGUGCCUUUAAAUACUUUAUAAAUUGUCCAUUCUGUACUUUUUUACUUUACAUAUUUUGUUAGACAAGCAAACAUUUCUUCAAGAGAAUGAACAUGUGCUACAAAUAUAAAAGUUGUGCAGGUAUCAUCAGCGGAAGAAAAUGACAUUCCAGGGAGAAAAAAAAUACAAGCUAUGGUAUUUCUUAUCUUACUCACCAACACUACAUGUGGUUCCAGCUUUGUUUGAAACUUGUUGCUAAUAUUCAUAAAUGUUUAACCAUGGAUGUGUAUAGGUGGAUUGCUGUCUGCCAAGACCAACGUUUAGGCUCUUGCCAAGUUCUCUGCUGCUAGUCUCAGUGAGCCUAAACAAAGAAUGUGACUAAACAGGAAGCUUUAUACAAACUUGCCUCGUUUUAGUAGUUAACUUGAAAAAAUAGUCUGCCAGCAGUCCAGUCAUACAAGUUCAUGUUUAACAGUUUAUCAGGGUAUAAACAUUUUCCAAAUGACUGGCAUUGGUUGUUAAAGAUACCAAUCUUCAAAAUACGAGCGAGUAAAGAUUCUCAUCUGUGUAGGAAAAGAGAUCAGAACUAUGAUGUCACAACCAUCAGCAAGGUUCGCCCGUGAGCGUAGAUCAUACAUUAAUGAGACAUAAAAUGGAGCUGCAGUUCUAAAGGUGGGCAUUGAAUGGGGAUUUUCUCAGAUGUUGGAAAUAUGCACCUUGUCAUUUGGCAAAGCAUUUACACUCUGGGUUCUUUAUUCCACAUAAUUAUCAAAAUCGUAGAUUGUAUCAUGCAGCAUAAAUUUAUGUUAUGCAAUAAUCACAUUCCGUUUUUUUCAAGAUAUAACUGAGGAUAUGUUGAAAAAACCUAGUUUAUGUAUGAUCCUUAUGAUGUCUUAAAAAUUGCUGUUCAGCUGAUUGUGAACCUGUUCUUUCUGAAAAUGUUUUGACAUCAAGCCUGAAGCAUAGAACUACAGAAAUGCUCGCAAAUAAAAUUUUUCUGUAUUUUGUAUGAAAAAAAUCUGGAAAACAUGAAUUUUGAACUACUAGCUCACGCUUUUGGUCAGAGUGAUUUUUUUUAAUUUGUGUUUUGUUUAACACCCAAUCAAGUUUUCUCACAUUUUUAAUUGUCUGUCAUUUCCAGUGGGUAGUUUGCAUGUCUGCACUGCAACCAAAGAGUGGAAAAGGAUUUUCAUUUAAAACUAUCAAUAUUUCCACUGGUGUUAAAAAAACUAAAGCAGAUCUUUCUGAAAUUAUACACAACCGACUUCAGGUACACUGCAUCUUACAAAAAAACCCUCCCACAUUUUGUGCAUGGUAUCAACGUGGUAUCGACAUCUCACACGCCAGCUGAAUGACAUUCUUCCCCAUGAGAAGUCCUGAAAUCAUGCAGUCACUGAGAAAGAUGUAGCAGAAGUCUUCAUCCAUAUGAUUCUUCGUUAUGAAAAAAUCUCAAGGACACUAAAAACCUACACAUGAAAAGGACCAUGGAUUUCUUCAUUUUCAUUCAUAGUCAGACUUUUAUUUUGAUCUAGCCGAGUGAUGGGGAUUUUGGUGAGAUGGCAACAAACUUCCAACACACUCAAACAAAGGCAAGAACAGUCAGCAGGUGUGCAACCCUUUAAUCCAUGAGCUUGUGCAAUGGCCACGGCUGUGCUACAUUGUGAGAGGUGCUAAAAGUCAGGCUGUCUCUUACUAUCACAUGUCUGUGCUCGCUCUCAUCUGCUGAUGUCUGUUCUUAUGUUUCGUUUCAGCUCAGCCCUUAUAUUCCUCUCGGAAGGCUAAACUUUCCGCGAUGCUCCUAUACAGCUGGGGCAAUUAGGAGUUUUAACCCUAGCCAAUCACUGCUAAGUAUCCUCUCUUGCCAUGCCUCAGCAGGUCCCGCCAACAACUAACAAUCAACUGCUGGCCCCGCCAAAAACUAACAACAAUCAUCAGCCUACCGGCCCUCUACAUUGAUAUAGAAUAGGGAUUUGGGACACAGGUUGUGAAAAAUGGCACCCAGGGAUAUAGAUUCCUUCUGGAAAAUACUUGCCAGCAUGAUACAUUUCUGUGUGUAUGUAAAUCUAUAUUAAAAUGUGGAAUUUUUAAAAAGUAUAUAUAUAUAUGAAUAUGAUAAUCUCUCUUUGAGGCUCAGAAUGAGUGAUGAUCCGUCGAUUUGAGGGCUUAGACCAGGGGUGAGGAACCUUUUUUCCUCCAAGGGCCAUUUUGAUAUAUAUAUA